AUGAUCCCGACUGUGAGCCGCUCCCCUCCACGGUCGCAUGCUCGCAAGACUGACCAUCAAUUCGCAGGUAUCCGCCAGGAUGAAGUCCUGUACAAGAUUGCCGAGCGUGUGAAAAGUGAGUGUUUAUUUAUCACCCCAGAUCAGAAGGCUAGCUGCUCACAUACACCUCGUGUAGACUUCGCCGCCAUCUACCUGUGCGACCUUGACGAGGUCCCCGAUUUCAGCUCGAUGUACGAGCUCUACGAUCCAAUGACAAUCAUGUUCUUCUACCGGAACAAGCAUAUGAUGUGCGAUUUCGGAACAGGAAACAAUAACAAGUUGAACUGGGUGCUUGAGGACAAGCAGGAGCUGAUCGAUAUCAUUGAAACCAUAUACAAGGGCGCGAAGAAGGGCCGUGGUCUGGUUGUCAGUCCCAAGGCGCGCCCUCUCCCGGAGGACCGCGAUAUUAGCGACGUUCAACGGACCUCGCGCCUUUCAUGA